AUGGCUCCAUCCAACUAUAUCACCAAGAAAUGGUGGAAGGAGGCGAUCGUAUACCAGGUUUAUCCGGCGAGUUUCAAAAGCAGUAAGCCUGCUGCCGAAGCAGAUGGUUGGGGCGAUGUGCGUGGGAUUACUGAAAAGGUACCUUACCUGAAGUCUCUCGGAGUCGACGUUGUUUGGACAAGUCCUAUCUAUAAAUCCCCUCAAGUUGACAUGGGAUACGACAUCGCCGAUUACAAAGUCAUCGAUCCUCGUUAUGGAAAUCUCGCAGACGUCGAUGCUCUGAUUCAAUCUCUGAAUGACCACGAUAUGAGGCUCAUAAUGGAUCUUGUUGUCACUCACACAUCCGAUCAACAUCAAUGGUUCAUUGAAUCCAGUGGGUCCAAGCAUUCGGCCAAGCGCGAUUGGUAUAUUUGGAAACCUGCCCGAGGAUACGAUUCUAAUGGCAAACCUCUGCCACCGAAUAAUUGGGCACAGAUAUUGAAUGACUCCCACAGUGUAUGGAUUUGGAGCGAAACAACCCAGGAGUUCUAUCUAGCCUUGCAUACUGCAGAGCAAGUGGACUUAAACUGGGAAACCCCGGAAGUGGUUGCCGCUGUCCAUGAUGUGAUGCAUUUCUGGCUAUCCCGAGGUGUCUCUGGAUUCCGUAUGGAUGUCAUUAACUUGAUUUCUAAAGAUCCAGCCUUUCCUGAUGCCCCAGUGGUAGAACCGAAUUGCCAGUUCCAGCCUGGCGAGAGCUUCUAUACCAAUGGCCCACGCUUCCAUGAGUUCAUGCACGGAAUAUAUGAUAAAGUUUUAUCAAAGUAUGAUACAAUGACUGUCGGUGAAACGCCAUACGUUAGUGACAUAAACGAGAUCAUCAAGACAGUGGGGUCGACUGCCAAAGAACUGAACAUGAUCUUCAUUUUUGAUCACAUGGAGAUCCAGGAUGUGAAAACUAAAGGUGAAUCUAAAUGGAGUAUGCGCGAUUGGAAGUUACCGGAGCUGAAAAAGAUAUUGUCUGGCUGGCAACGAAAAAUGAUUGAGUGGGAUGGUUGGAGUACAGUCUUUUUCGAAUGCCACGAUCAAGCUCGCUCUGUUUCACGCUAUGUGGAUGAUAACGACGGUUUUCGCGAACAGGGUGCCAAGGUACUCGCGCUUAUGCAAACCACGCUCGGUGGCACAUUAUAUCUCUUUCAAGGGCAGGAGAUUGGCAUGCGAAACUUGGUUAAUUCGGAUCCAGAUGUUGACUACAAGGAUGUGGAGAGCAUUAACUUCUGGAACAAAAUGAAGAGAUUAUAUCCGAAUAACCCGGUACAGCUUGGAAAGGCCAGAGAGCUUCUCCAAAAAAAAGCUAGAGAUCACGCUCGGACGCCCAUGCAGUGGAAUUCUGGGCCUAAUGCAGGCUUCGCAACGGGAAAUGUCACACCCUGGAUGAUCGUGAAUGAUGACUACCAUCAGGUGAACGUGGAAGCACAGAUGGCGUCCACGAAUCGAGAUCUCUCUGUCUGGCAAUACUGGCAGCUAGCCUUACGGAUCCGCAAGACCAAUAAUGAUGUCUUUGUAUACGGCGAUUAUGAAGAUGUGGACGUGGAAAAUGAACAGGUUUAUGCAUACUUUAGGAUCGGUGCCCGGUCGAAGGAAAGGUGGUUGAUCGCGAUGAAUUGGACGGGAAAGGACACUUCUUGGAAAAUACCCGAGUCAGUUGAAGUUGAAUGGGCGGCGCCUUCUACGCUCCAGAGACAGAUCAGUGUGGAAGGGGGUUCUAUCAAGUUCCAGGCCUGGGAGGGGUUCAUGAUGCGCUGUAAAUAG